AUGGCUCACUCAAGGGGUGGCCGGAACCCCAUAUAUUCCUGGAAGCAUUUUGCCGACUACCGUGCCAAGGUGACGCAAAAAGAAUCGGAAAACGAGGAACCAAAAUGGCCAUUAUAUCUUGAGGAUGCUUUUCUCGAUGCUCUACUUCUGAUCCCUUUCAUGGGCCGAAAGAAGGUUAGUUCCAAAGGGCGGCUGUAUGGCCGAAACAUGCUAUUGACCGAGUAUCUCUGGAUAUGUCACUGGCUCCUCUUUCCCCCUCAAGCCGGUGAGCACAUACCGGUUGGCAAAGCAAAAGAAGAGCAUGCUGCGUUUAGAGGUAGGAAACAAGUGUCCAGCCAUAUCCAGGUGCUGAAAGGGUUCUUCCUGAGCCAUCCAUGUUUUCACUUCUUCUUUCCGCGCAAAAACGACGAGAAGGAAGAGGACAGGAGGCAUAUGAAGGAGGAGGAAGGGGAGGUAGAGUCUUUCAAGAACAAUAGAGUUCUUAUUGCAUUAGCCGAAGGGCGUCUUCCGGACGAGCGGCCCAACUACGACUACUUCGCUCGUCUGCUUGCGGCAGACUCAGAUGUCUUCGCAAGGCCAAAAACGUGCUGGAUCUACGUUUCCUCCUCAGAAGUGACUCUGAGCCCAGAUUACAAGGAGGCAUACGCACACGACGGGACAACCCUGCACGCUGAUGCAUAUACACCGGAUGGGCAGCGACUAGAGUGCAAAGGGGACUAUCCACACUUGGUUCUCAAUAGCAAUAAGGAAACCCGAAAAGACCUGCGCAGCGGAAGAGACGACGAGCCACCCAAGCAUUUACUUCAUGAAUAUACUCGGACUCUGACUCAGAAAGAGUCCAGCUCGAUCAAAGAUAUUUCGUUUAAAUGGGAUCACCAGUUUCCCGACCUACGGGAUAAUUUACUAUCGGCUCUGAGUGAGACGCUUCCCUCGCACGACCGUACAUCCCGUUGUGUAGUCGGUCCUUGCGACACCAUCUAUUUCGACGUAGUUCUUGACCUACAUGCAACCAGCAGGUUUCCCUCAGGCACUCACCUUGAAGGCUCAGUACAACUACAAAUUUGCCGCCCAGAGCUGGCAAACCACCGCUGGCGCUCCGUCACCAGUGUUGCGAAGCCUCAAGAACUAGAGCAUGACUCAGACGAGGCACCAUUCUGGAACUGCUCCAACCCCUGCGAUCUCGUUGGCCGCCAGAAAGACGUCAUCGAGGUACCGUUCCCCGCCAAAAGCUGGGCCAGCACCUUCAUGUCGCUCUCUAGAUACGUCAAUGCCGAUCGCGAUCGUAGAGAUCGGCGCUCCAAGACUGUGAAAGAGGAUAGCAACUUCGUCGAAGCCGGUGAGCAGAAGCCGCAGCUUCAACAGCACAGGGGCAAAUCCUCUGAGAAAACGUACACCCCCUCAGAGCUCCUAAAGCAGGUCGCCAUGUACCAGGAGAUCUGGUCGGCUCCAAAUGACGGGUCAGAGAAGCCGGGCUGGACCCGGCGUGCGAUCAUUCUGUGGACUUUCGACCAUGUCCAUAGCACGACCGACGACAAGGGCAACACCACCACACUGCCUCCACAGACUAAUUGGCGCUUCCUCACCAAAAUAGACCCGACCUCGCAAGCCCACCAACAACGCGCAAAUGUCAGCGGUUCACCGAGGGUCUCGAGAGACGCUGUCAUGUCGCCCAUGCCGACAUAUGCAAAUCACCUCACCACGGCCAACAUGCACGAGAACUUCAACAGUGCCGCUUAUGACGCGGCGUCUCACAAUAUGACUUUAUCUAGCCAAUCUGUGCAUUCAUACCCGUCUACCCUUGGCUUGAUGGACAGCUUCAGCUCCGGCGGGUUGGCGACACCCCCUCCUACAGCGUCUCUGUCGUCUAGUUACGCGCACAGUUUUGAUAGUGCCACUAUCGCCAGCACGGACAGUCUGCACCACCACCUUAGUUUCUUGUCCGAUGGUUCAGGCACCAACAGCCAUGGUACACUCGUCGCUGGAGAUGGACACGGUCAUGUAGACCCAUUCUUGACUGGGCUGGGCGUGCCGGUAGUGACGAGCAGUGGAUACGACGAUGAUCCCACUCUGCAAGCCUGGGCUACCACAGCUACAAGUAGCCUCGCAGCUCUGGACCAGUGGACCACGACAUACGUCGACAGUCAGCACAGCCUUGCAUGGGCCGAUGCCACUGGACAUUUGUCAGCCGACGAGGUUGUGUCCAGGGAUGAGACUCCUUGGGGCGAUGGGAAAGACACCCUCUGGGCAACUACUACUGAUAGCACUCAGAACCAACAGCACCAAAACAACACCUGGAUCACAGCGACGUCACAGGCCUGGCUGCAAUCCAUCGCGGCCACGGCGGAAGCGAGCACAUCCCGACACGACCCUAGUCCCUGGGAUCAGCACGACUCCCAACCGCAAAACCACCACCACCACCUCCAUCAACAGCACAACAUCCUUGAAAUAUCAACCAAAUCCCCUACAGGAUCAUCGUCGCUACCACCCCAGCGCGACCCCGCCAACGGCGCGAUAUCCCUGCCGCCGCACCACGGCCUAGACGAAGUAGCGAGCUACACGACCGCGUGCUCAACCAACAACAACAGCCGCAAGCGCAGCCGCACCGAAGACAACGACGAGGACCGGGACGGGUACCCCUGCUCAUCGAUCCGCAAGCUGGCGCACCACCACCGCCACGACAGCGACAACGACAACAACAUAAACGACCGCGGUGACAGCCCGAUCGACUGCACGCCUACGCCCACUAUGCUGGAGGCGGCAGGCGAGCAUGGGUCGCUGUUCUGA